AUGCCCAUCUGCAUCGAGUGCUCCUAUCCGGUCUCACACCUGUAUAGCGCAUACAGUCGUGCCGAUGACCGCUCCCAGGGCAAAGGAGUGCGAUUGACCCAGUGUCCGCGGUGCCAGCGCUUCGCGGACAAAUACGUCGAGUACGACUUCGUCGUGAUCUUUAUCGACCUGGUGCUCAUCAAACCACAAGUCAGUUACCAAGUGCUACAGUGUACGCGCGCUCGAUCAAUAACUGACUGUCGUCGGUCAAUCAUUCGCCUCGGUGUUCUCCUUCUGCUCUUCGAUGUCUACCUCACCUGGGCGCGUCUCGAAAAAGACCCUACUCUCGCGACGACCUUCCUGUCGCGUACUCCAAUCGUCGUGCAAUACCUCUUCUUCCUCACCCUGAACGCGGCCACAACCCUCGCACACCACCUAACCGUGCGCCUCCUUGCCUCGAUACUCGUACCGAAAUCGCGCCGCUAUGGCGCCUCAGAAGUCGGAAGCGGCAAUAACACCGCGCCAUCUGGCACAACCACCGGCGACACGACCCCUUUCCCCUCCGGCCCUCCCACACCAACAAUGCGGCCCUCUCCCUCGUUGCAGCUUCUCCCAACACAGUUUACGACACAACAACUAGUCUCGGCCGCUGCCUCGACGAGUAUCAUACCAAAUACAAAUGCUGGCGACAUGAACUCUCCAACCGACCAAUUUCCACAGGCCCAAAACACCAACAUCCCACCACCACAACGCCCAGCACCACCCCUCCGACGCACCUCAAUCGCACCUCCACAAAUGAUCCGACCUCUCCCACCCCCAACAGCCGCAAGCCCAACAGCAAUCAGCACUGCGCUCCUAGUUAGCAGCUGCGCAAAGCUCUUCCCCAUUCUCCUGGUAAUAUGGGGCGCCGACGGCCGCGGCAACGCAACAGAAAGCAACCCAGGCACAGGACGGAAGGAUGUCGGCGCAGCAAAAGCAGCACUAUCUUCAGACCGGGGCUCCAACUCUGCGCCCUCGUUUCUGGAAUCCUCACUUGCGGCAGCUGAGUCCCUGCUUCGUCCCUAUCUCCCGACGACUUAUCUAACGGGACUAUUCGAUUGUCUCGCCUCAUUGCUUUCGCUUGGCGUGGUGGAUGCGCAUCUUGUGCUGCUGAGCAAUAUUGAGGCCCUUUAUAUCCUGCUUGGAUGUGGGUAUUUGCGCGCCGUGGCCGUUGCGGUCGCGGGUCAGAUUGCUAGGUGGGCGGUACAGAGAGUUAUUCUUGGAGCUGUCGGAGUGGGAUAG